CCCUCCCCUGUUGCUAAUCAUCGCGACCGCGGCAGUCACCACAGAUUCACCUUUCUCUUUCUCAUUUUCUUCCCUUCACGAGCGAGGCCCAAGAUAGACUUCUGAAAUGGACCGAAUCAAGGAGAAACUCAAUUCGCUCCGCAUUGAGGCCGAUGCCGCCAUCGAGCGCGCCGAGGCGGCCGAGGUGAACAACAAGCGCCUGGACCAGGAGAACCUCCAAAAGGACCAGGAGAUUGCCUCGCUCCAGCACAAGCUCGGGCUCCUCGAGGGGGAUCUGGAAAAGGCAGAGUCGAAGCUCCAUGAUGCAAAGACUAGCAAGGACGAGGAGGAGAGCAGCCGGUCGGCCGCAGACGGCCUCCAGAGAAAGAUCAGCCUCCUCGAGAGCGAGCUCGACACGGCCGAGAAGAACCUGAGGGAGACGACGGAGAAGCUCCGCCAGGUUGACGUCAAGGCUGAGCACUUUGAGAGGCAGGUGCAGCGUGUCGAGCAGGAGCGCGACCAGUGGGAGCAAAAGUACGAAGAGGCGCAGGAGAGGUACCAGGCCUCCAAGAGGGAGCUCGACGAGGUGGUGCAGCAGAUGGAGAGCCUGUAGGAAAGCGUCGGUCUAUGCUCUUCGGCCGCCUCGCCCCCGAUCGUCUCCCUUUCCUCUUCUCUCGAGCCAGGGCCAAGUGGACCGAAACAGAUGGCCAGCUUUCUCUUCUCUCUUUGUGUCUUCUUAUACUUCCUACUCCCUCAUACAGCACCUUCCUGGUCCUGACUGAGGCCUGCGAUCGGAUCGCUUCAUGUCAGAAUGAAAAAGCGCGCGCAAAUUCUACAAGCAAAAGCAGCA